CAAGAACCAGUUUGUGGACAAGUAUGAUUUUGAUGCUGACAAAUGACUGCAAGCCUAUAAACAAUUGCUGUCAAAAUGGCAGUUGCAUCAAACCUGGACAGCAUUCCGACACCACAAGAAGACCAAAGAACCUAUUAAAGGAGACAAAGUCGGUACAGCAUGAUGGACCCGUUUUCUCAGGUUGAUCGAGGUCUAUUUGGGAUGGAAUCCAACCACAGGGUUCCUUUGAUUCGAAUGCAUCCAAAAAAGACAAUCGUAAUCUGCAACCAAGGCUUCAUAUACAAUGUGAGAGUCCCACGUGAUGAGCUCCAUGUAAAAAAAAUCUGUCUUUCACAUGCCGAACAUGACCGGAUCCUUGCAAAAGCCAAGGGCCCGAGUUUUCUUGACAAGGAGUUGGAGGUCUUGAGGAAAGCUGCAAUAAAAAAGAAAGAGGACAUAAAAGCUGCUGAAGAAAGAAAGCGUCAGAUAAUUGAGAAGGACCUAUUCGCUAUCAAGAAUGAGGAGGAGAGUGAGUUGCAGUCCAGAAGGCUGGCCUAUGACCGCUAUCAGCAAAUGAGGGAAAAAGCUGUGAUAGAAAAGGACAAUCAAAUCAAAAAGCUUGACAGGUGGAUUAAGAAUAGUAAAAUCCAGACCGAGCGUGACAAGCAGCUCGUGUGGAAAAAGCGGUGUGAAGCUAUUGAGAUUUCUAGAGAAAAGGCUGAGUUUGACCGGGUCCUGAAGUGCACGCAGGAGGCGAUACGCAAAGAUGAGGAGAAGGAAAAGAAGCGUUUGAGGGAUGCUUAUGCACAUUUAGAGAGCAUCAAGGAGCAGGUGAAGGAACGUGAGAAGGUGGCCCUCUCCAGGCGCAAAGAGAGGCUCUGUGAGGUCAGCAAUGUGAGGGAGAAGAUAGAGCAAAAGAGUCGCUGGCUGGAGGAAUUUAAAGAGGAGAGACUUAAAGAACUAAAGGCUUGCGGGAUCCCAGAAAAAUACUGCAGGUAUGUACGGCGAAAGACCAAAGAAGACGAAGCUAACCCCAAUCAAUACCACUACCGUGCACAUGAUACAUUAGAUCAAUUACCCAGAUGGAUAAACCGCUCUCAUAAAAAGCACAUGGAGCAGGACGAUUCACUAAAUCCUUUCCCAGCAUUACCACCAAUCUCCAUAAAGGAUGGACCUGAAGGAGAGGCAAACUGAGAGUCCCUUUGCCCCAAUAUUUGUUUACAGACCUCACUCUGACACCCACUUUGCCUUGACACUCUUCCACCAUCUUUCUCCAUAACCAAAGAGAAGUGACACAGAUUGGUGAAGGAAGUAGAAAAAAAAAAGCAAAGACAAGAAGCAGUUUGACGAUUGCCAAUUAAGAAUGUGCAACCUCCUUAGAUUAGAUCACAGAAUCGUGUGAUUUUGCUAAGAAAAAUGAAAUGUAUAGACGAGGGAAUCGUUAUGUGUGUGGAAUCAUAUUCAUCUUUUGACAAUAAUAUUGAACAGGAAGUCAAAACCACAGCACUUGUUACACUUACAGAGCCUGACAAGAUCGGUUUUAAGAGUAUCAACAAUUCUUUCUUUAUGAAGGUAAUAUUGUUUGAAACUGUCGGUGGUAUGAAUUGAACAACUUCUGUUAUUGUGGUUGAAGUGUGAAACUGUACUGCAACAUCCAAAGAGGUGACCCGUUACUUUGGGUGACCUUGUUACUACUACCUCUACCAGUGGAGGAGGUUGUGUUUUUGUUUGUGUUCGUAUGUAUACAUGUACUGUACCAGCAUUAUUGCAAAUAUUUUACAAUGAAUGGAAAUGUAUUGCAAUUUCGAAGAGACAAGUCAUAUCCAAAACAAAGCUGAUACUGUGGUUUGUCAUAAUUCACUACUUUUGUUUAUGCACUGUACUGUAUGUAGCAUGGAUGAAUGUUUUCUUUUGUUAUGGCUAUCUUUCUAUUGAGUUGAAUUUUUUUAAUCCCUCAAAUGUUUGUGUUACUUUGUGUAAAUAAGAGCUGACAAAUAUUCAAGCCUUUUUCAAGGUCUGUACUCAGUGGCGCUACAAUUAAGGCCGCACCCAUUGUAGAUAUACAGUAAUCGUGUGACCAACGAAUGUAUACUGGGAACAACAAGAAAGGAAAACAAACAACAGAUCAUGUAAAACAGGGCCCAGAUAUUUGUGAUAUUUUUCUUAUCAACAUUAAAUAUUUACUUGCCACCAUGUAAUAUUGUUAAUAAGGCAGAGAGGCAGCGAGCUUGCAGCUAGCAAGACACAUCACAUUAGAA